AUGUUACGUUUUUACGAAGCCAAAUCAAAUUCAGAAAUUGAUAUUUUAAUAUCUCAAUUUUCUCAACUUAUGAAAUCAAAAUGGGAAAAUAUUCAUAGUCAAGCAAAUAUUUUUCGAUAUAAAAUUGAUUUUAUACGUGAGAGAUUACUUGAUGAAAAAUAUUUAUUACAGCUAAAUCCAAGUAGAAGCACAAAUCGUAGGACUCCUGAACACAUUUCAGAAAUUUCACAACCAUUUGAUGAAAAUAAAUUUAAUUUUAAAAAAGUAUCUAAGGAUGAAAUCAUGUUUAUAUUCAAAGAAAGUGCAAAUGAGGAUUCUCAUGUAGUGUUGGUGAAUGUAAGUCCUAUAACAAGAUACCAUUCUUUGCUUUGUCCAUCAAUAGAAAAAUGUCUGCCACAAGUUAUUACUGAGGACAGCUUGAAGUUGGUCAUAGAUUUAAUGUUAUUAGCAAAGGAUGGUAACUUAAGAAUUGGAUUCAAUAGCUUGUGUGCAUUGGCAUCUGUAAAUCAUUUGCAUUUCCACCUUUUUCUAGAGAAAAAUAAUCUUCCUAUAGAAAAUUUAAAAUGCAAACAUAUUAAAGGUCCGUUGUACAGUUUUGUUGAUUAUCCAGUACCAGGAUUUUGUUUUGAAAUAACAUCCUCAUAUAAAAUAGAUGAAAUAUUUAAAUUAAUAAAAUUUCUCCUAAAGAAAUCAAUAGCUCACAAUGUAUUCAUAACACGAGGCUCGUCAAUGGAGGAUGGUAAAGGAGCAAUAAGAUUAUUGGUUUGGCCGAGGAAAAGUAGUGCCGGAGCAAAACAAUUGGCAGCUUUUAAUGUGGCUGUUUGUGAACUGAGUGGAUGGUUUCCAGUGUAUAAUUGUGAGGACUUUGAAAAUCUUAAAAAAGAAGACAUCGAAAAAGAACUAAGGAAGUGGCGUAUUGAUGAUUUCGAUCAGUUGUGCGAAGAAGUGAAAUUAAUUUAC